AUGUCUGGCAGCACCGCCAACCGCAUCAAGGAGAGCGCUCGCUCUGCAGCCACCAAGGUGGAAGAGGCUGCUCAGGAAGCUGUCCAUAACCCCGUCCAGGCCAAGAACGACAUCCUCCAUUUACCCAUCACCCAAGCCGCCCUUCCUUUCGUCAAUGGAGGGCUGGCAGGCAUGUUUGCAACCGCCUGCAUCCAGCCCAUAGACAUGGUCAAAGUGCGCCUGCAACUGGCAGGUGAAGGGAUAAAAGCAGGUCCCAGGCCAUCGGCCUUGGGCAUCACUAGGGAUAUCAUCGCCCAGGGAAAGGUGCUCGACCUGUAUACCGGUCUCUCAGCGGGGCUGUUGAGACAGGCCGUCUACACCACCGCGAGGUUGGGCUUCUUCGACACUUUCCAGACCACCUUGCAGGCGAGGGCCGAAAAGAAUGGCACCAAAAUCGGGUUUGCAGAGCGAGGGGCUGCCGGUCUGGCCGCGGGCGGGUUGGCCGCCGUGGUGGGAAACCCGGCAGACCUGGCUCUCAUUCGCAUGCAGUCAGAUGGCCUCAAACCAAAGGAAGCCAGGGCCAACUAUCGUUCAGUCUUUGACGCUCUCACCCGGAUCGCCAAAAACGAGGGCAUCGCCGCGCUGUGGGCGGGCGCCUACCCCACCGUCAUUCGUGCCAUGGCCCUCAACUUUGGCCAACUCACCUUCUUUGCCGAAUCCAAGGCCCAAUUGAAAACUCAUGCGCCAAACCUGUCGGAGAGCGCCAAUCGCUUCGGCGCCUCUGCAAUUGCCGGGUUUUUUGCCUCUUUCUUUAGCCUGCCUUUCGACUUCAUCAAGACUCGAUUGCAGAAGCAACACAAAGGUCCGGAUGGAAAAUUGCCGUACAGUGGAUUUCUGGACUGUGCCAGAAAAGUCGUCCGUGAUGAGGGCCCGCUAAGAUUCUAUCGUGGGUUUGGCACCUAUUAUGUCAGAAUUGCACCGCAUGCAAUGAUCACUCUCAUCGUGGCCGAUUAUUUGAAGUUGAUUACGUCUUGA